AAGCCUGGACAGAGGAUGGAGCACUUUGUCGGAAUUCCCCAGGGCUUGUACCAGGGACCACACUAUGGGAACACACUGCCUUUGGGCCAGCCUGGACUCUUUGACCACCAACAGCCUGACUGGAGGCAAAACACUGGUGCCCCCACUUUCCUGGCCAGGACGGGGCUGGUGGUGCCCACGAAUGCCUGGGCCUACUGCACUGAUCCUUACAAGAGGGCACAGCUUAAGGCCAUUCUCUCCCAGAUGAACCCCAGCCUAGGCCUGCGGCUGUGCAACGCCAACACCAAGGAGGUGGGCGUGCAGGUGAGCCUAUGUGUGGACAGGUCUGUGCAGUGUUCACUGGGCCUUCUUACCCUGCGCAGCUGCUCUUCUUGGGGCUGCAGGGACCUCAAGGCACCCCUCCCAGUCUGGGACCUCUAUUCACCAGUGAAGGGCCCCAGGGGCUGGAUCCAGCUGCAGAAGGAUGGGAAGGAUGAAGAGAGGAAGGCGCUUUCAGGUCCUGUGGAGGCCAGCCAGCAGCAGCAGAAGUCACCACCACUGCCAAGGUCACAAGAGGACAAACAGGAGGAAUUCUGGCAGCAGGACAAGUUGCUGGAGGAAGAUGCUUUGAGUCCUGGGGAAAGGCAGAGCAAGCAGGCCCAAGGGGAUGCCCAUCCACUCAGGAAACCCAGCUUCCAGUUUUUGGAACGAAAAUAUGCCUAUUUUCACUGUAAAGAUUGUAAGACCAGAUGGGAGAGUGCUUAUGUGUGGUGCAUUUCUGGAACUAGUAAGGUUUAUUUCAAACAACUCUGUUGCAAAUGCCACAAGAGUUUUAACCCUUAUCGGGUAGAAGCAAUCCAGUGUCAGACUUGUUUAAAGUCCCGUUGUUCGUGUCCUCUAAAGAAAAGAAACAUUGAUCUAAGGAGGCCUCAUCGACAGGAACUAUGUGGACGCUGCAAAGACAAGAGAUUCUCCUGUGGCAAUAUUUACAGCAUUAAAUACAUCAUGUGA